AUGGAAACCCCUGGCUCUCAGUCGAAGAUAAGAGCACUGUCUAAAAAAAAAACAAAUAUAAUCCAUGAUCAAUAUACAAAAUCAAAUGAUAUUCAGUAUGAAAAUGGUAUGAAUAGUGAUGUAGUUGACGACUCGAAUGUUAAUUUACAAAUCUUCUUUUCAAGACUUGAACAACUAUUAUUAGUUGAUCUAAAAAAUAGAAAAUCUCUUUUGGGAAACAAAAACAAAACCUACUGGGAUUUUUUUGUAUUAGUCUUAAAAGAUAGUAAAGGAUUAUACGAUGGUGUAUUGUACGUUCUCAAUUGUCAAGAAGUUAAAACAUCAGUCGGCAGAGGACGGCUGUUUAUUCGAUUUUGUUUGCAAAAUCAUCGCUUAGGAGAUGUUAUACAGCAAAGUUUUAUGAUAAACAAAGCUGUGAGUCAAUUUUAUACACCCGAAUGUUUAUGGAGUAAUCCUCUUUAUACACAUCGGAUUAUUCAAGCUAUCUAUCAAUUGAAUGAUAUUAAAUUCGAUUUAUUAGAUAGUCGAACAAUAUACGAAUUAGAUGUAUCAUGGCCAUCGCUGGAAUCGCGAACACGUUCAAGAACAAUUUCAGAUGCAAUGAGACAUAGGACUAAUAGUAUUUCAAGUUUUUUAUCAAUGGAGAGUGUUAUUUCAAGUUCUGUACCUAUUGGAGAAGAUGAAUUUCUAACCUCAAUUCCAAAAUGUGAUCUUGAUUUAUCCUCUUUUCAGCAACUAGCAGAUGCGUCAUUGAAUGGAGGAAGUUCUGCGCAAUCAGUUUCAUCCAACGAAGAAAUUAAUGAUGGCUCUUCAUCGUAUUGGAAACAACGUUGCCAUCAGUUAGAACUCGAACUAGACCAGACACAACAACAACAUGAACAGCAGCAGCAAAUCUUUCAAUCUGACGAACUUGAUCAGAACAAUUCAACUAAAGAAAUGAUUGACAGCCCAACACAAACAGAUAUAAAUAUAUCUGAAGAUGAAAUGAAAGUAUAUGAACAAGAAAAACAAAAAUUAAUUGAUAAUUAUGAAAGUCAGUUAACCACUCUAAAUGAAAAAUAUGAAAAAAUAAAAUCUUAUUCAGUUACUCUAUCUGAUGAAAUUACGUCGCUUAAUUUUCAAUUAAGUUCAGUUUCAAUUCAACGAUCAUCCACAACUGAUGAAUAUGAACGUGAAAUAUCAAAUUUUCGAUCACUUUUAGAAUCGAAAGAUUUCAUGUUAAAAAGUUUACAAGACCAGCAUGAGAUACAAAUGAAUAGUCAGAAAUCUAAUUUGAAACAACUAGAAGAAAAACAGUCUCAAAUAUUAAGCGAAAAUAAUGAAAAGCUAGAAAAAACAUUACAAGAACUUGCCGAAAAAGCGUACGAAAUAUCUAAACAAAAACUUUCCCAAGAACUGGAAGAAAAAACAAAUAAUCUCAAUCAAUCCAGAUUAGACUUCGACGAAAUGAAACGUCGAUUAAUAAAGGCAAUUAGAGAAAAGGCAGAAUUGUGGGAUGAAAAACAUAGUUACGAGUUAAAAUUAGUUGAAGAACAAGCUAAAGUUUGGAUACCAGACGAAGAUGCUUUAAAUUGUUCAAAAUGUGGAACAGCAUUUGGAUGGACUGUAAGAAAACAUCAUUGUCGUAUGUGUUACAAAAUUUACUGUUAUUACUGUUCGAACAAUUUUACCUCCGGAUCAACACCAAAUACUCGAUAUCGUAUAUGUGAUGUAUGCAACGAAAAAGUUCUCAGCGAAUCUCUGAAACCAACACCAAUAGAUAAUACAGAAAUUAUUGAUAUUGAUGAAUACGAUAAUAUUAAUGUUAAUUUCGAAGUUCGAUCUGAAAAAAUUGCGUCAAACAUAUCAACACAUGCCGAAGAAACACCACCUUAA